GUUUGAAUGACCUGCAUGGGCUGAUUUAAUCCUUGAUAUGCCGCGCGACCCUUCCAACAGAAGAGCUUGAAACUUAGGUGACCUGGCCGGCCGGCCAUAUAAAGGCUACCACUUCCGCGCCUCGCCCACAGUCCUAUUCAGAGUCUUGUUUCCCAUACCACGAAGCAUCUUCUGAAGACAGUUCUUCUCCACGAACAGCUAUCACCACAAAGAUGGACCACGGUGCCAUGACCAUGGCUUCAACAGUCACCUCCAUGCUCAUGCCAACAGCAACAGGCAUGGACAUGCCCGCCGGUACCGACGCUGCGGCCACCAGCGGCCACGAUGAAAUGGACAUGUCAGCCAUGAUGGGCGGUUGCAAAAUAUCCAUGCUCUGGAACUGGCAAACAAUCGACUCGUGCUUCAUCUCCGAGUCGUGGCACGUUACGUCCACCGGCAUGUUUGCCGGCUCCUGCAUAGGCGUCGUGCUCCUCGUCCUGUCCCUCGAGGCCCUCCGCCGCGCCGGCAAGGAGUACGACCGCUACCUCAUCCGCUCCCACGCCGCCGGGGUCGUCGCACGCGCAGGCCCCUUUGCAGCUGCGAGCAACGAUUCUGCCUCUGGCGGUAAGAACAGCGGCGAAGGCGCGGCUCCCCUCGGCGCCGGCGGCAUUGCGAUCACGGCGCCGUUCCGCCCUUCGUUCCUCCAGCAGGCCGUCAGGGCGCUGCUGCAUCUGCUUCAGUUUGCCGUCGCAUACUUUGUCAUGCUGCUCGCCAUGUAUUACAACGGUUACAUCAUCAUCUGCAUCUUCAUCGGCGCCUACCUCGGAUCCUUCAUUUUCCACUGGGAGAAGAUUGGUGGCUCGACAGGGCCGACCUCAGCGGGCGAGAGUUCGACAGUUUGCUGUGGUUGA